AUGCAACAGCCAUCGAACGGCAUUAUCCACGGCCAGCCGACCGACGAAGUUGUCCUCAUCGACAUCGUAUCAUCGCUAUCAUCGCCGUACUUCCUCCAGCGGAAACCCUCAAAGGCGCCUCUUACCGUGCCGUUGGUCAUUCCGGAGCCUCAGUCUGGUGAACCGUUUGACCCAGCGUUGGCGGAGCGUCACACAAAAAAGAGAGAAUGGAUCAAGACCAAUUUGGCCCGCCUUCAAAAUGAAUACAGUCAACAUCUCCCCCUACGAUUAUCAGAGCAAUUACAAAACACGUUGAUAAACGAUCCAGAUGUUCAAUUGGCAGAUGAUGUUUACAGUGGAGAACCUGAUCUCCUAGCAUUCCAAGAGAAUUUGGGAGCAGCAUGGAUCUCGUACCACGAUACGGAUACACAAGUCGACUUGGUCCCAGUGUCAUUACAAGCCAUAUCCUUGGUUGAUAUCUACGGAUCAAUUCACCACAAUCCGCUAUCCGACUGGAUGACGCUAAAAAUCACUAUCGACAAGGAAUAUGAAUACAUGAUCCCUCCGAAAAGCUCUUUCCUCCUCGGACCCUUCACGAGCACUUUGCCAGUGUUUAGGUCUGCAUUUGGGAAAUCGUCAAAUACACCAGGCUUCGACUUCGUCGUUCUUGAUCCCCCAUGGAAUAACCGUUCCGCCAAACGUGCAAAACAUAAGGACUCGUACAAAACCUCCACAUUCAAUGUAUACGACCUGUUCAAACUCAAUGUCACAGAUUCCCUCUGCGACGGCGGGAUAGUCGGUAUCUGGAUGACCAACAGCACCAAAUGGCGAACAUUUCUGCUCGAAAAGCUGUUCCCAGCUUGGAGGGUAGAGAUGGUAGCGGAGUGGACUUGGGUCAAGAUCACAGUUCAUGGAGAACCAAUAUUUGAUCUCGAACACCCAGCCCGAAAGCCGUAUGAAACCCUCAUACUCGCGCGGCCGUUAUCCGCCACUAGACCUUCCAGUCUAGCAUCGAGUGAUAAUAACGAUAGACAAAAGCUGGAAGAUAAAGUCAUAUUUGCAACACCGGAUAUCCAUUCUCGCAAACCCUGUCUGAAGGGUAUCAUCAAGCCGUAUCUGCCGAAUUCUGAUCCUCGGUGUUGUGAAAUAUUCGCUCGGAAUCUGACGGAAGGUUGGUUUAGUUGGGGUAACGAAGUGCUGAGAAGUAACUGGCGAGGUUUCUGGACAUGA